AUGUAUAGCUGGGAGAUGCUUCAUUUUAAUCAGAAAUUUGCAGACCACAAUUAUGCCUCAUUAAGAAAGGUUUUAGUUAAACCAAGUAAGAACAAUAUAGCAGUCGAACAGCCCACCAGCGUAGUACCGGCGAUCACGGUUAUAAUGAGUGUUAAUGAUGCCGGUCAAUUAGUUGAGAAUAUACCGUCUUUUAAAUUUCAGAACGACAACACUGUUAACGAGCACAAUGCCAACCACAAUUCGCAGGCUGCAGGCAACAAAGGCGUCAUUGAUGGUUCCGGUAAACAUUGGUGGGGUCUGGUGGAAUACUUGCUUAUUGGUGAAAAUCGACCCCGUUUACUGUCGAUCUACAACUCCACCAAUCUUUUGGUCGAGAAUCUACUGUUGAAAGAUUCCCCUUAUUGGACAUUUUAUGCCAACGAUAUUGCCAAUUUGGAAAUUCGUCACACAGAUGUAGAUGCACGCAGACGCCAAAACGUUCACUGGCAUGAUCUGGACGAAAUGACCGCUUUUAAUACGGACGGAUUCGAUGUGGCUGGUAAGAAUGUGUGGAUCCAUGAUUGCAACAUUUGGAAUGACGAUGAUUGCAUUGCAGUGAAAGAACAGGAUUCAAACAGUAUUCAUUCAUCAUGCAGUGAAAAUAUGUUAUUUGAACGUAUCAACGCCUCAGGCGUGGGUCUGACAAUCGGUUCUAUUGGUCCCUCAAAAGCUCAUUCCUGUGUUCGUAACAUUACAUUUCGUAAUUGUACUAUGUAUAACACCUUCAAAGGAAUUUAUUUAAAAUCGCGCCCAGGAGAAGUAGGGUACACUGGUGAAAUCACGAAUAUUACUUACGAAAAUGUUCAAAUUAAUAAUGCUUCUCAAUGGGCGAUAUGGAUUGGACCUCAACAGGCUGGCUAUAAGGAGGCUUGUUCACUCCUGUGGCCUUUUAUACCUGAAACACCCUGUCCUAUUCCGUUUGGUAUUACGUGGAAUAACAUUGUUUUACGAAACAUCACUCUCAAUGAUCCUCAACUGAGCCCCGGUGUGAUAAUCGGCAACGUCUCCAAUCCUAUGCUAAAUGUGCUGUUCGAUAAUGUGAUCGUGAAUAAUCCUGGUUUUCUCCCUUGGGGCAACCACUUUUAUGCAUGCUCUGGUGUAGAGGGAAUUGCACAAGGAAACACUCACCCUCCACCACCAUGCUUCAAAGUGAACCCGUUAUAA